AUGUCUUUCAACUGCUCCACAAGAAAUUGCUCUUCCAGGCCAGUAGGAGGACGGUACACCGUCCCAGCAGGUCCAGUCGCCACAGCUUCAGCCCGUGAUGCAGACUGCCUGAGUGGCAUCUACUUGCCCAGUUCCUUCCAAACUGGUUCCUGGCUCCUGGACCAUUGUCAGGAGUCAUGCUGUGAGCCCACUGUCUGCCAGCCAACAUGCUACCAGAGAACUUCUUGUAUCUCCACCCCUGUCCAGGUAACUUGCAAUCGACAGACUACCUGUGUCUCCAAUCCCUGCUCAACUCCCUGUAGCCGGCCACUCACUUUUGUGUCCAGUGGCUGUCAGUCCUUGGGAGGCAUUUCCAGCUCUUGCCAACCAGUGGGAGGCAUCUCUACCACUUGCCAACCUGUGGGAGGCAUCUCUACUGCCUGCCAACCAGUGGGAGGCAUCUCUACUGUCUGCCAACCAGUGGGAGGCAUCUCUACUGUCUGCCAACCAACCUGUGGAGUCACCAGAACAUACCAGCAGUCCUGUGUAUCCAGCUGCCGAAGAACUUGCUAA